AUGCUUAAGUCACACGUCAUAAAGGAUAUUGAGACGCUAUCUCAAUCGGAGCGUGAUACUCUGAUUAGAGCUUUCGACUACAUCGGCAAGCUCAGCCCGGAAGAUCCCAACUCGUUCUUCGCUCUCGCCAGCUACCAUGGCUUGCCUGGGCCUGAGGGAAACUCGCAGGAAAUGUACUGCUCUCAUGGGAAUGUACUUUUCCCAACUUGGCACAGAGCCUACCUUUUGCGCGUGGAGAAAGCUCUGCAAAGUGCUCCAGGGUGUGGGCAUCUCGCUUUGCCCUACUGGAACCAGACAUCUGAGAGCUCUCUGAAAGGUGGACUUCCGUCCAUUUUCACAGACAAGAGCUACACCUUUGCAAGCGGUGACACCAUCAACAACCCGUUGUACUCCUACACCAUGCAGAAGGCCGUGGAUGGCCUCAAGUACAGCAGCAACGCCACACACGCGAAGCCUGUUGGUUACACCACUGUUCGUUAUCCUUACUCCGGAAGGGUGGCUUCUGAGGAGGUUGCGGAGGUCAAAUCCCGCAACAGCAGCCUCGAAGCGCUGCCUCAGAAGACGAUCACCGGAGCUUUGGAUGAGAACAUCAGGAAGUGGCUUGCACCUGGGUCUUUUCCUGGCGUGGCAGAGAACUACCACCAGUCCCUGGACGCACCGACUUCGCAAGGCGACAUGGGAGAGAAUGAGACGGCAGCCUUCGACCCCGUCUUUUACUUCCACCAUUGCUUCAUUGACUACAUGUUCUGGAAGUGGCAGGACCAGCACGACCAGAAGGAUCAUCUCGACAUUACCCCCGGCAUGCAGGGUACCAAGGGGGCUGACAUCGACACGCCACUUGAACCAUUCACCAUGGCAGAUCCCAAUACGGGAACCGAGCGAUGGAUGACCUCGAAGGAUGUAAUCGACACUGUCAAGCUUGGCUACGACUACGCAAAGCCCCAGUGGCAGAAGGUUAAUGCAACAAUUCGGGAAGCCGACGCGGUCAACGCCCCGAAGCUGACUGUCAGCGGAAUCAAUCGGUCAAAGAUUCGUGGAUCCUUCAUUGUCUCCACAUGGGUGGAAGGACAGAAUGGGGGGCCUGAGAAGGUUAUUAACAUUAAGCCUAUUCUGAGUCGGUGGGAAGUCAACAGCUGCGAGAACUGCCAGAACUAUCUGGAUGUGAGGUCCCACACACAGUUGACCAACUUCACCGACGAAGAGAUCGAAGACAUGGACUUCUUCGCUCUUGUGCAUACCAGAGAGCACCCCGAUGGCAUCGACACAAUCGAUGGGCGACCUAUUGAGGUCGAGUUGGGUGCGCUGAGGGGUUGA